AUGCCUCACAACGUCAACGUAAACUACAACGGAGCCAGCAUCUCCGUGAACUCGAUCUAUGAUCAAGUUGAUUUGCGAGUACAAGCCUCCACAGCAGACCGUCAAGGACGACGAAGAGAAGAUUUCAGCCUAGAAAUAGGCAGCUCUAGACCCGGCGAGCAAGCACAUGUUUCCGGGUCGAGAUACUUUCAGCCUGGCGAAAAUUCACCCAGUGAAGACGAGGCCAGGAAUGGUCGCAUGCGAGGAAUACAACAACAGCCACCGCCGCUUGAUGAGUAUAAAGUUUGUCAGCAAUAUGAGGCUACAAGCCAUCAGUAUUCCGAUCAGUCUCAUCCAUCAGUUCGUGAGACAGCAAGGGCAGCAGCCACCGCGCGCGCCACGUCCAGCUCUCAUCGGUCGGAGGUCCCUGAAGAUUCUUAUUAUUGGCCUGAGAGUGUGUCUACUAGCAGAUCUGGCACUGGCACUGGAUAUAGAUAUGCAGUUUCUGCUCGUGAAUCUAGCCACGAUAUGAGGGGUGACCGGGUACAGUAUGCCCCCGGCUACAGUCCCACUCGUGGUUUAGAAUCCGGCCGCAUCCAGAGACCUGGAGCCUCCGAAUCUUUCCACCACCAGGUGUCUCAGCCUUCCCACUACUCCCCAGCCAUCUCCACUACAUCUUCAACCUCCCGUCACGGAGGACCUCGCAACUCUUAUCAUUCGGCAGACUCGAGUUCAUACUCGGUUUCAAGCUCAGAUUCCGAGGAAACCGUGGUAGCAGCACCAGCCCCUUCUUCUUCUUCUUCACCGUCGGCAGGCUAUCACGGCAGGGAAGUGAUCCUUUACGGGACUGGCCGUUCUAGCCCACAGAGUUCUUAUCCUGAACGGUUCUCCCACCAGUCGGCGGAUGUUUAUGAAGGUUACCAGGGAUCUCUGGGGUACUCGGAGAGCACGUGCGACAGUUAUUAUGAUGACGAUGGAGGAGGAGGAGCACAUCCGCAGCACGAUGGAAGGCCAUGGUCUGAGGCGUCCUACCCAUACUCAGACUCUGAGGAUAAUGAGUGGCCGGAUAUUAGGAUCUUGAGUGUUGAUUCGAGGAAUGGACGAUCUAGGCAGUAUUAUCGAUAA